UCCUCCUCUUUAUUUCCUGGUACCUGAGGUGCCUGUCCAGUACACAGCAGGCACAUUUGCGAACUGACAGUUUGACCACUGAGGGUGGGGAGCCAUGGUGCAGGCCCAUGACCUCAUCUUACGGGCUCUGGAGAACCUGAACGAAGAUGAGUUCAAGAAGUUCAAACACAAGCUGUGGACUUGGCCACUGAGGGAAGGCUUCAACCACAUCCCCCGGGGGAUCUUGCAGUCCAUGGACCGCUUGGACCUCUCUGACAAGAUCAUCAGUCAGUACCUACAUGACUACGGGAUAGAGCUGACUGUGGAAGUGCUCCUGGAUAUGGGCAUGCGGGAAGAGGCUAUCAGACUACAGAAAGCGGCAGAAUCUAGUUGAGGCUUGAAGCUGACUAGCAGCGAGAGGAGCACCCCACGGGACCAUAUACAUAUAUAUAUAGGGCUGAUUGGUCUUCAUCACUGGACUCAUAAAAGCAGACCAAUGAAUCCUGAUUGAAGACAUCACCAACCCUAAUUUGAAACUCUUCAGUUUUAUGGAAGCCUGGAUCUUCAUCUACUAGAACAUCUUUCAAGGCAGACUUUCAGUCAUUGAAACUAAGGGGCCUCUUAUUGUUUCCCAAUCCUCCUCUGGGAUCCAUCUCUCCCCACAAAGUCAGCUUUUGUGCCAGAAAUCUUGACUGUCUUCUUGUUCCCACCCCCCCCAGGCCCACCCAUUUGGGCACAUAUUUUUAUACAUUCAAAUCCGCCAAAAUCUGACUGCCUCUGUGCUUAUUUAUAGACAUAUUUACAUAUAUUUGACACUAUGAAUAUUUUAUCAUUUACAUGUAUGUAUAGAUGCAUGUGAACUACAUGGGGAAAUAUCCAUGCAUGUGUGUGUACUAUCUCCUCCAUAUUUACUGUAGCAUACAGGUUUAACCAGCAAAACAACUUAUGAUCCCAAGAUAUGAAUCUUUGAAAAAUAGCCAAAGUCCCACCUGGAGCCUCACCCAUCUGCUCCUUUCACUUACACUUAACUCUACCUUCUAACAGCCAGGCCUUUGAUACUAGUUUUCCAAUCCCUAUACUUUACCCUCCUCACAGAAACCUUUUGAUGUAUAUGUAUGGAGACAGAGAAUUUAGUCUAAGUGGAGGCAUCUUGAUAAAGUUGACUUUUCUUAAACCCAGUUUGAGGCUCAACUCUGACUGGAAGAGAAAGUACUUUAGGGUUAUAUGUAUCAGGAUAGACUUCAGAGAUUUUUACAGUAUUUCCUCUCAGACAAGGAGGCCAUAGCAAGGGGAGAGUACAGGAAGAAGGCACAAUUCAGGCUCUUCUGAAAUUCAUAAGCCCUCAAACACAGAAAAUUCUUGUGCAAAAUCAAACUCUUUUGACAGCCUAAAUUUUUUUCCCAGAAUUUUCUAUCUAACAUUCUUCCUUCCCUUUUUUCCUUCCUCUUCCAUCAAGAACAUUUAUCUCUGGUUAUACAUUCCUCAUGGAAAGCUGAAGAAUAAAAUAAAAUAUAAAUUAAAUUAAAAAAUAAAAAUAAAGUUCUAUUAAAUAA